CUACUUUUGAUGUUUUUCAUCUACGUGCUUUAACAAGUUACCACAGACACCACAGCGACCCCUCGGGGCAUUAUGGCGAAAGUAGCGUUGUGUUCAGGUUCAACAAGCUAACAGCUAACGUUAGUCAGUUUGGUGGAGGUGCUAGAUAUCAGGUAAUCCUUUUUUUGCUCUUGCAGCGAGCGGUUGGUACAUGUAAUGUAAUGGCAGCACACAAAGAAACGACCCCUGGGUGGAAAACAACCAUUAUAAUCAGCACAUCGCUCCAGAACCAUGAUACGAACAGGAUCCUCCACGCUCAACAGCAUAGAAUCAGAUUUUCAGGCUGUGUUGAGUCUGGAUCCUUCAUUUUUCCUCUAUCAGGUACUGCAUUUUUGUUGGUUGACCCUCAAGACCUUCCAGAGCCAUUUGAGGAAUCGGGACUCAUUCAGAGGAUAAACACGUUUGUGCAAGUACACCGGAACAGCUUUGUACUUCUAUAUGCCCUCUUUAAUGGAAAGAAGGAACUGGACAUUUUGUCAGCAAUUCAACACAGAUUCAUUAGCAGCAGUCUCAGGAUCCUGCCUGUGCGAAACAAUGCAGAGCUUGUGAAAGCAAUGUUGACAAUUGCCAAGCAAAUGCUCCUUCCCCGGCAGGCCACUAGUAAGCCCCAUGUAGACAGGAUUCGGGACCAGAUGACUCUGGCGCGGGCUCAUAUAAUUGAAAACAGUCCUAUGUGGGAAAUGCUAAAGAACCUAAUGUAAUUCCAGCAGCUGAGCCAAGAUGUUUUCAAACUUUUGUUUUAUUUUCUGCUGAUUAGUAUAGUUCUUUAUUUAUUAUAUUGUUAGGUUUAUACUUAUGUGUUAACUAAGGGGAAUUCAUUAUCUGAUAAAUGUUUUUGAUUAAACAAAGUGAAUAAAACAAGAGGAAAUUA